AACAAACAAACUACAAAAAAAUCCCAAAAGUUGCCACACUCUGACAACACAAUCAGUCUGUGGAAAACACAGCAACAUAUCAAUAAAAGUAACUUCCUGUGGGCAGUGGCAAUGUUUUUAGACACACUAUUCAGGUUGAGUAAUUGGUCAUUGUGUAUUAUAAUGGAAAUGUCACAGCCAAAAACUCUUAUCUAGAUGUGAAAGCUGUGUGCCACCAACACCCUUCCAAUCACUCAUUACCUAGCAAUUAGUUUUCACAGGUCACUGAGAGCAACACAAAGAAGCUAAUAAAAACUCACUACUUGUCUGUUUUUAAAGAGUUAAUGCAUGAAGUUAAAGGUAAAAGUAAAAAAAAUAAUUUGUCCCCUGAUGUUAGUAUUUGCUUUAAUAACAAAUGCUUCCCAAAGUAUUCAUGACUGAAAAUCUAGGUGGUUGCCCAGUUAUUAAAUAGAGUAAACAUCUGUCUGAUUGACUUGCAAUAUAAGUCAGCUUUCUGUGAAGUUUGUGAGCAAACAUCACGAAGACCAAGGAUCACAGUGAACAGGUUGUCGUAGAGAAGUUUAAAAUGGUGGUAGGUUACAAUAAAAAAACAUAUCCUUUUUAUUGGACUUCACAGGAAGCACUAUUCAUAUCAGUCAUCUGAAAACAGAAAAAUGAAGGUAAAACAUUCCCUGGUAAUCCACCUAAACUGAUAAGCUGGACAUAAAGAAAAGCCCAGAGAAGUUGCCCAGAGUUCCUUGAUACCUGUAAAGAAAGCCAAGAACUGUUUAAUAGCCAUGGAUGCCACAAAUCUGGCAAGAAUGGCAAAAAUAAAGCUACUGUUUCAAGAAAAUCCUAUAUGCCACAAGUCAUGUAACACAACAAACACAUGGAAAUAAGGCCAGUUUUGAGACCAAAAUUAAACUUUUUGCACUCUGCAUGUCAGAAAAAAAAACUUCCAUGUUUAAUUUAAGCUUGGGAAUUAGAUAUUUUGUAGUAUUUUGCCUUAGUUAUGUUCUCAUUUUAGCAACCCAGUCUGUUGACUGAGUUAUGACCCUCAAUGGUUUUAACAGAAAGACAUAUGUCCAGCAUUGAUUAAUAUGUCAAGUAACUAUGACUUAUGGCCCUCAUUCAGAAAGGUUUUAUAAUUUUAACACAGUACAUAUGUGAUUUUUAGGGAAUGAUUUUCAGCUCAGAUAGGAGACUAAUAACUACUACUCAUUCGCUGCACAGAGCAAGAGGUCUUUGUUGAAAGAAAACCUUCAGGUGAACUGUUUAAAAUUUGAGGCCAAACAUGUUGGGACAUUGCCACUGCCCAUAGGAAGUUAUUUUUAUUGAUAUGUUGUGUUCCAAACAACAUGUAUGUCUGAGGAGGAACUCUGGUCAGAAAAAAAAAUCUAGAUUUAACUGUGAGUCCAAAAGGACAACAUGCUGUAUGUGGAGAAAAACUAACACUUUGAACAAAGUAUAGUCAUGGUGACCCAUAGUGGUGUCAGCAUUAUACUGUGUGGAGGCUUUUCUUCAGGGAGGCUGAUGGAAGUCAAUGCAACAAUAAAUUGAGUUAAAUACAAAACAACCUGUUUGAAGCAACAAGCUCUGUUUCUUCCAGGACAAUAACUAAAAAUGCAACAACAGCUACAAUGAGUAGAUCAAAUAUUCAGUUGUUUCACUCGACCAGUCAAAGUAAAAAUCUACCACUAAGAAAUCUGUGGCAAGACUUGAAAACAAAUCAUCACAGAUAUUGCUACUUUGAAAUGAGGAAUGAACAAACACUGAUGUGAAAAGACAAUAGAAACAUGUACCAAAAAAUGGCCGCAUGUGGUCAGAGCAGAAAAAAAAAAAAGUCUCAGAAAGGAUGUGACAUUUUCUUUCCACUUUACAUUUAUUGGCUAUGUUGUGUUGGUCUACUGGACAACAACCCCAGUGUGUAUUCAAAAAAAUGUUAAACAUUUCAAAUGUUUUUGCAUGGCUCCAUAUAAAAGCCACUGAGAGUUUAGGUCUCGGUCAGUCUGGUGGGAUACACAGCCCCUCUGUUAAUCCCCCGUCUUUCCAUACCAUUUCACAUAUCACCCACUGGCUCCUGGGCUGUCAUCCCUCUCCCCUCCCGGCCAUCAACCAGAAGAAAGAUAACAUCCGACAGGAUCUGAGUAGGAGUGCCAGUUUAUCGGAAAAAGAGCUGAAGGAGGCACGGCUGAAGAGUCACAUCAUUGCUGCUCAGCUCACCAUCCCCUCCAACUCCAGCUCCAACUCCAGGGGUGUGCAGCUUUUUAAUCGGCGCAAGCAGAGAGUGAACGCCUUCACGCUCGAAAGCUGCGGACAAGGGUCAGAGGUGGACAAAACUGAGAAUGUGAAAAGUGAUUCCUUGUCCAACGAGCAAACCUGGGCAGAGAGGAGCUGUGAGGACAAGGACACAGACCUGAACUCAAAUAAUAAUAAGUCACAUUUUUUGCCAGCUGCAAGCAGCCCUUCAACUGGUGGCAUAAUGGAUGAAAAAAAUAAGAAUUUUGUCAAAGAUGAAGCCAGGGAGAACUAUGAUGUCCAGGAAAGACAUUUCCUCCCUGUCAAAGAAGAGCCGGAAGAAGAGGACGACGCAAAGGAUAAAAUUCAUGAGGUUCUAGAGGACGAUGCUAGACACCAAACUCGUCUGGGAAGUAAUGACUCUCAUCCAGCUGUGAUGGCACAUGUUGAAAGGAAGACAGAAACAAAUGAGGGCCACCCGGCAGUUGUUCCCUCUGAAAAGCUUCUUAAUGGCUGUCAUAGCACCUCUGGUUCAGAGAGGAUUUCCUUAGUCUCACCCUCCAAGCAGACGUCCGCCUUCCUCAACAGAACGGCUCGACCUUUCUUUUCACCACCAACUGUCCUCUCUCCAGAUUCAGUCAAUCCUGCCGUAGACAUCCCACCUCCCCCAUCUUAUGCCACUCCUCCUCUCCCUUCUUCUACUCAGCCUGUCACGUUCUCUCCUCCACCUCCACCACCAUCAUAUCCAACACCCCCUCUGCCGGCUUUCACAAACCGACCUCCACAGACAUUCUACUCUAGUCCACUUCCAAUGUCUCCUCCCAUGUCCUCUCCAUGCGCUUCGCCAUCCACCUUUCCUGUUUCCCAGCACCCACCUGCACCCCACUGUGGCCCUCUGACAGCUCCAAAGCCUUCCACCUUUGUUCCACAGUCCACUGGAGAAAGGAAGCCGAUAACACCAAUCAAAACAGGAAUACUAGAAGAAGGCGCAGCCAGAAGGGCAAACAAGAAGUCAAUGUUUACAUUUAAAGAGAAGGCAGUGGUUGCUCCAAACCCUGAGCUGCUCUCUCUGGUGCAAGGAGCGGAUGAAAGAAAGAAACAUGGACACAGAUCUGUCCCUGAACCAGCACCUGAAGAGGAGUUACUCGCUUUGGGAGCAGAAGCUUCCAACUUCCUUGCAAAAGCAGAGGAAAAGACAGAGGGAGCAAGAGCCCCAGAGUGGGCAUCCUGUCUCAAAAGCUCAAAGACCAGACCAAGGCUGGACCACCGUCCAGAGCAGAGCCUCACAAAUGUGUCAGGCAAGGGGGCUGAAUUGUUUGCCAAACGUCAAUCAAGGAUGGAGAAAUAUGUUGUUGAGAAUCAGAAUCCAGGACAAAUUAGGUCUCCCUCCCCCACAAUAUCUUUACCACCAUCCUGGGUUUACCCGUCGAACAUGCCAGGAAGGGUCAAAGCCAUUGCCAAGAACUCUGAAGUAAGUGCACAGAUUUCGCAAAAUCUAAAGGCCCAGCAAGCCGUCAAGCAAAAACCAAAACCAAAAGUUGCAGUACCAGAGCCAGUUCCAGAGCCACUAACUACUUUAGAAAAUGGUUGCUCCAAGAUAGAGAUGGACCUCGCAAAACACCGACCCUAUCAGCUCAACUCUUCCCUCUUUGUCUUCAACCCAGUCAAGGACCCGAUAAGCACAUUACCCAGAGGAGCACCACAAGCCAAGAACCUACUCAGCAGCCAAAGUUUUUCUAGACAGACUUCUCUACCAAACACCUCACCAUCUUAUUAUGGUAGCAUGUCACCUCAAUUGCCUCUCACCUCCCCAAGAGGAUCAGAAUACCCAGCAAAUCCGGCUUCCCCACAUGCGAGGAUCACUUCUUCGAUGUCUCCUUUUUCUCCAGAACGAGUUUCAACCCCUCGGUCUGGAGUUCAGGCACCAAAGCCAACGUUUUCUGCCAAGAAGGCAGGAAUUACACCUCAGGAAUCAGAGGAGUCAUCCCCUGUUGAAAUUACUGGUGAAACAUCCACGGCAGCCAGGACACCUACCUUAACCAGACGUUUCAGCAGCCCGGCAAACCAAGCAACUAGAACAUGGAUCUCCAGCUCUCAAACAAGCCAGUCACCAACCACCACCAGUGGAUCUAUCCGUUCCGUCACGUCUCCUGUCAAUUUGUCCAGUAAUGCAAGAUCCCCAUCUUUUAUGUCGAGUCACAAUAGCCAGUUUUCCUCUGUUAAUUUCACUUCUGGAUCCAAGCCCUUCCAAGCAGCUAAAGCCACUUCUCCAUGCUCUCCACCUUGGGGUUCCAGAUGUCAGUCCCCAGAUGUCAGCCAGUCCUCCACUACUGCCUCCGUUCCUUUUUCCAAACCUUCUGAAAACUCUAAAACCAAUUAUCCUAUUUCUCCUCCUUGGGGUUCAAGAUGCCAGUCCCCAUCUGUGAGCAAUAAUAACAAGAGCUCCACUGCUUCGGCUUUCUCUGUGUCCAGACCCUCCAUCACAUCUGUCACCACAUCUACAGUCUCCCCUCCGUGGGGAUCAAGGUGCCAAUCCCCAGCAGUGAGUCAGAAUACUCAAUCUUCCACCUUUUCCCCUGGUCCUACACACAGACCUUCUCAAACUCCUCCUUGGGGAUCAAGAUGCCAGUCACCUUCCGUAAGCCAGAAUAAUCAAUCCUCCGCUGUCUCUGUUUCCCCAUCCAGACCUCUGCAAAUAUUUGCAGCCACAUCUCCUGUCUGCCCUCCAUGGAGCCCCCGCUCCCAAUCACCUGCGCUAUUUCAAAGCAGCUCAUCCUUUCACUCCACUAAUCCUCUGCACACAACAGCUACUGCCUCCCCUCAACGACAACAAAAAGACAAUCGCUGCACGUCCCAGAUUGUGAACAACCUAGACUCAAAAGCAAACCACCGUCUCCUUGCAAAGAACAUUAUAAAUGCAGCCAAACGUAAAAACAGCCCCUCCCCUGGAGCACUGAGCAGUCACGGCCUCCCCAUUUCACCUGUGGGAAACUCUCAAAAUGACUGGCAAAAACCACCAAUUAGCCCCUUCCAGCAGAGGUCCUUGGGUGCACAGUCUCCCACCUUCACCAGCCCUCCUGUCACCCCAACUCAGAGAAUCUGCUCACCUGUAAGGCUCUACAACACCCGUUCUCUGACCGACUCAGAUGCCUCUGUUGAGUCCGAGGACUCGGGCCUCAGGUCGCCUGGCCUACACUCCUACAACACCUGCCCCCGUGGCUGGGGCAGCAGCCUGCGGGUCAAAAGAAGUACUGUCUCCACUGACCUGUGAGAUAGCUAAACUACUGGAUGUUCAAUUAAAACAGAAUUCCAGCGUUCAUAGACCCCUGUUUGGCCUUGGAAGAUAAUUUGAGUUUUGGACUAAGUUGCUUAAAUUUCAUUUAAGCUAAUUGUUGGACCUAAAUCAUAGCAAACGUUAUAUUAAAAUAGUUUUAGGUUUUCAAGGGGCUCACAUUCCUUGUAUGCACUGACAAGAACAAGCUUUUUAUGAAACACAGUUGCUGUGGCUUGUGCGCUUCUGACAUACCAAAAAGUGCUGAAAAAAUUGAUCACAGGUUUUAAAUAGCCUCUAUUAUACUUUAAAACAAACACACCUUCUCAGUCAUUACUACAUUAAUUAUACUGACUGGUCUGAUAAAAGUCAUAACAAGAAGAGACUUCAGGCAUAAAAAAGGCACAUCAAAUUAGUAAUAACAUUUACCUUAAUGGGCAUUUCGCUGCUUUAGUUAAAGCAUUAUUGAUGUUUUGUAAUAGUACACUGCAUGCAAUGAUCACAUUUUAUAGUUGCAUUUGAUUUCUUGGUUUCUUGGUUUAAAAUGUGAACUGUAAUGAUUGUUACAGUUAUCUUCUGGUCCCUUCAUCAUUUUCAUUUUUUUUUUUUUUUUUUACCAUGUUUCAAUCACAAACCCUACUGUGUUUUAGUUUAAUUUUAGAACUUUAAACAAUUCAUGGUGGUUUUCAAAUUGAAACAAAAAGUAAAAAAAAGAAAACAUAUUUAUAUUUAGGCUCUGUGGGCAACACAUUUUCAGUCAGAUUUUCUCAGUUGGCUUUGGAUCUGGACUUUGACUGACCCAUAAUUACCAUGAACAUCUUGAACUCUAAACCAUUCUAUUGCAGCUCUGGUUGUGUUUAUUGAUGUCCUGCUGGCAGGUGAAUGUCCCUAUUCUGAAGUGUUUUGUAGCCUUUAAAUGGUUUUUUUCUCAUAUGGCAUCUUCAUAGGAACUCAGACAAGAUUCCAUGUUUAUUUAGGAAAAUUACCCUAAACAAACAUGGAAUGCUGCCAGCACUACCUUUCAUCAUGGUGAGUAUUUGCUUUGGUUAAUGUGCAGGAUUAACAUGUAGGCCCUUCCAUGAAGGCAUAAUCAUCAAUUUAAUUCUCUUUACACAUUAAUGUUUGUUGUUGUAGUGUGACAAAAGGUGAGGUCUGUGAAGACCAAUGACUUGUUUAACAAGUUACUCUAAGUUUCUAAAACUUUCUUUCCAGAUUGUCAUUUUUGGUUAAUUGACUAAACCACAUUCUAACUUCACAUGAAAUCCAAUGGACAAUUUAUACACUGCGAUAACCAGCUGACAUGUACAUUAGUUCUAUUAAAUACUGAAAUAAGUGAACGUUUGCUUCAUAGAAGGAAGUACAGAAAAGUGGAGUGUAUUGAAAAGAAAAGUAAAUGGUGAAAAAUGUUCUCGGAAUAUUUUCUUCAUGUUUCCUUUGCUAUCACCAAUACUUAUUGCUUGUUAGUCCAUAUUAGUAGGUGUUCUGAUGUGGAACAGAUUAAAAUAUUUGAGUAUGUUUGAAAAAGGUUUAGAGGCAGAAGUGUAUGUCAUACAAGUGGAGAAGGAGAAACAUGAUUAAAAUCUGUGGCAAAAAGGACAGAAAUUUGUUUGAAACCGAAUUGUGUUACAAGCGAGAUCGGAAGAAUGAAUUAUAUUUCAGCUGCAUAUGAUAGUCUCAUGUACGUUUUUAGUAACUUGUAAAGUUUCUUUUUAUACUUGAAUGCACUUGUGAUCAUUUCAUUGUACAGGCAAAAUUGUCAUUAAAAGCUUGAGUUGCUAAAACAAAAGGCAAAUAAAUGUCUUACUAUAAAACUUCAAACGGUCCUGGACAAUGCUGCAUGUUAGGAUGAAGCUGGCAAUUAGUUGCAAAUGUAAAUGCUCCCAGAGUUAUGUUUCUGCUUCAGGAAGUGUAACCCUUUCCACCUUUCCUGGUCCUGCAACAGAACAACAGAUUACUUUUUCGUUCGCUGACUCACAGGCUGAAAGGAUCAGCACAUUGCUAAAUAUUUACUCUGUGUAUCUUUUGAGUGACAGGAGCUUCUGCUCCUUGGUGUCCUUGCUCCUUCAGCAGGAUUGAGCCUAUCACUGUCAUGGAUAGAUUUCAGCCGAGGUUACCUCUGGGCAGCCUGCACACAUCCUCGAACAGAUACCAAGAAAACACAUCAUGACCUGUCUAAGUUUGCUUAUAGGUUUUAUGGCUUCCUGACUGUGUCACUGCAUUUCCUUAAUUCAACUCGUUUUUAUAUCAUAACACAAUUAAUAAACUGAUGCACAAUAAAACAUCUGUGGAAAAUG